ACUCGAGAGAAGUGUAGAUAGAGAAACAACAGAGAAGAAGUAAAAAAGCAAAAAGGAAAAUUAAAAAGAGAAGAGAAACAUAACCAAAACAAACACUCAUAAAUAUUUCGGAUCCGUACUUUUUUGUUUUUGAUUUUUUCUUUUCCGUCCUCUUUUCUCCAGAAAAUUCUGUACAUUUUCUCGGGAAAAUUUCUCUUUUUCUCGCCUCCUCUCCCUCCUCCUCGUCCGUGUUUCCCGAGGGAGAUUCUGUGCUUGCUUGCUUCCUUUACUCCUCUUCUUCUCUUUCUCGCGUGAAUCGAUGUGUGUAGGUCUUGUAGCUCCUCAGAUUUGGAGAUUUUGUGAUUGGUUUAGAGCUGCAUACAUGUCUUUGAGGUUGCUUUGAAUCUGCUUUUAUACUUUGCAAAUAAGGGUAUCAUCUUUCGCAGAAAUGUCAGGUCUAGAUGGAAUGGGGGCUAAUGAUGAAAUCAGAGAGAGAAGAUCUGAUUUUGAUAACUCUGAGGAUGAGAGACGGCGAUCCAGAAUUGGCACCCUUAAGAAAAAGGCUUUAAAUGCUUCGAAUAAGUUCACUCAUUCUCUUAAGAAAAGAGGGAAAAGAAAAUUUGAUUAUAGAGUUUCUUCAGUUUCCAUUGAGGAUGUCAGGGAUGAAAAAGAGGAGAGUGUUGUAUUAGAACUGCGCCAAAAGCUUCUGGAAAGAAAUUUAUUGCCUUCUAGGCAUGAUGACUAUCAUACUUUGUUAAGAUUUUUGAAAGCUAGGGAGUUUAAUAUUGAAAAAACAAUCCAGAUGUGGGAAGAAAUGCUUAAUUGGAGGAAAGAGUAUGGAACAGACACCAUAUUGGAGGAUUUUGAGUUUGAAGAGCUGGAAGAAGUCUUGCAAUAUUACCCUCAGGGUUACCAUGGAGUUGACAAGGAAGGUCGGCCAGUUUACAUUGAAAGGCUUGGAAAAGCUCAUCCGAGUAGGCUGAUGCGAAUCACGACAAUAGAUCAAUAUUUGAAAUACCAUGUCCAAGAGUUUGAGAGGGCUCUACUGGAGAAAUUCCCUGCAUGUUCAAUUGCUGCAAGGAAGCAGAUAUGUUCAACUACAACAAUAUUGGAUGUACAGGGCUUGGGUAUUAAGAAUUUCACUCGGACUGCUGCAAAUCUCUUGGCUGCAAUGACGAAGAUAGAUAACAGUUACUACCCUGAGACAUUGCAUCGGAUGUAUAUUGUUAAUGCUGGUCCCGGCUUUAAGAAGAUGCUUUGGCCUGCGGCUCAGAAAUUUCUAGAUGCAAAGACUAUUGCAAAGAUACAGGUUUUGGAGCCCAAGUCCCUGUUCAAGCUACUGGAAGUUAUUGAUUCAAGUCAAUUGCCAGACUUUUUGGGUGGUUCUUGUACAUGUUCUACUGAAGGAGGGUGUCUGCGCUCAAAUAAAGGACCCUGGAAUGAUUCAGAUGUCAUGAAGCUUGUACAUAAUGCGGAAGCAGCAUUUGUGAGGCAAAUAACCAGAGUGCCUAGUCACCAGCAGAAAUUUGACUCAUAUUUUCAAAUUCCCCUGCAGAAGGGAAGUAGUGCAACUUCAGCGGCUGAAUCAGGAUAUGAAAUUGAUGAUCCUUCUCCAAUUAAACGGAGUUCUAUGCUUCCACUUUUGGCUCCUGUUCAUGAGGUCAAAGCAUCAGAUCCAAAUGCCUACUACAGUUGUGAUGAAAAUUUUCCUCUGGUUGAGAAGGCUGUUCGAAGCAACCAGGGAGUUGGGCAUUCUGAAGAUCAAUCACGUAAAAGCAAUGACUUGAGGGACUUGCCUAGUGAACUGCUCCCACAUUUUGAAGGAGGUCUCAUCAGCCAUUGGAUGGACAUUGUUAAGGAAAAGAUUGGGAAAAGGAAUAAUCUAUGUGUGGCUAGAACACUGAUGUCAUUUGUGGUCAAACUAGUAGCAUUUUUCCGCAGUUUGCCACUUGAUCUUUGGAGGCGGCAAAACAAUAUUCAUCCAUCUAAUCUUGUGGAACAUAAUGCUGAUAGUCAUUCAACAGCUGUUGAAACUGUGAGUGAAAACUGUGUCCGUCCAUGUAUGGAGCGUCUGCAGAGCCUGGAAAAGGUAGUUGAAGAACUUAGCAACAAACCUGCUGCGAUCCCAUUGGAAAAAGAGCAAAUGCUUAUGGAAUCGCUGGAGAGGAUCAAGUCUGUGGAGUUGGACCUUGAGAAAACAAAGAGGGAACUACAUUCUGCGGUCACAAAGCAACUUGAGAUUUCAAAAUCACUAGAUGAUUUACGGCAGUCUAGAUGUCGUCAAAAAAGAAUAUUCUGUUAAGGACUUGAAGUUUAACAGUGGGAGUAGCUAGGAAUUGGCAAAAUUGGGAAUAAAGAGGAGAUUGAUUUGCACAGAUAGACACCAAGAGGGGCAUCAAUGGCAACUACAACAUAAUUCCAAAAUCACAGGGGUGGACGCCUGUAUUUUUAGAGUAGAAUGAGGCGUAAAACCACCCCCUCCCUUCUUCCUCCCUUUUUAUGUUAGUCCAUUUUCCUUUAGGCUUUCAGUCUCCCUAUAUAAAUAGGUGCUUACAGAAGUUACAGUGCAGCUGAGCACUUGGUUGUAGAGAACAGAAGUUUUGGAGUAAAUGAAAUGCGUUAUAACCAAAUGCUUACUUUA